AUGCAACUGGGUAUGAGUGGGACGAGUACCCAGAGCGUAGAUAACGGCACCGCGGGCUCUGCACUACGAUGCGUGCCCUCGUUAACGAGCCAAAUUCUGUUUCCAAACUGCCUUGCGAAGAGUCAACAAUUUGCCACCGUCAUGAAAAGUCUAGGCUUCCACCGUCUUGACAUUGUCAUGCUCAUAAGUGGAGAAGGCGAUAAAGAUAGCCUCGACCGAUGUUAG